AUGAACAAGAUCUUCCCCCAGGAGGAAGUCAGUGGCAAUGCUGCAGCUGGAACCAAAGUCCUCCCUGGAGAAGAAGGCUGCAGCGCCCUCUGCUGCUCUCGCCGAGGGGCCUGCCUGUCGGCCUUCGUACUGCUCCUGCUGGCAACUCUUGCAGCCCUGAUGGCCUUGGUCUCCAUCCUUGGACCCCCACCACGUACACCAGGGGCCCAGGCCUGUGUGACCCUGACGAACAGGACUGGCUUCCUGUGCCAUGACCAGAGGAGCUGCAUCUCGGCCAGCGGGGUCUGUGAUGGCAUCCGUACCUGUCCCCACGGCGAGGACGAGGAAGAGGCCUUGUGCCGAGAUGUGCCCCAGAGUCUCCCCAGCUUCCUCGUGGCCCGCUGUGGAGACCCAGCUUCCUGGAUCUACUCAGACCAAAAAUGUGAUGGAACCAACAACUGUGGGGACUGCUCAGAUGAACUGAGCCCAGUGACUGCAUGCCCACCUUGUGGCCCUGGAUGGUGGCGCUGCCCCCCAACUGUUUUCAAGUAUUGUGACUGUAUCCCGAGGAGCCUCUGCCGGGACCUCGUGCAGCACUGUUCCGACUGGUCCGAUGAGAACGCCUGCCCUGGGCCCUGA